CUCUCUGUAAGUAGUGAUUUAUGUUCCAUCACAUCCUUCCUUCCCAUUGCUAGCAACUUGGUUUUGGAAAGCCUACCAAGUAAGAUACUACGCACAUCUCAAAAUAUCAGUAAAACUGAGCGUCAUCAUUUGGUCGCAUUUUUAAUGGAUAAUGAACUUGAUGCAUUUGCCAUACCUGAAGCACUGGUUUCGGAAGUAAAGCGCAGUCUCUCGUUACCACAUGAAAUGAAAUCAUCUGUGACUCCACAAUAUAUUAUUGACGAACCGUCAAGUGCAGAACGUCUCAAACAGCACUUUUGUGAACCAAUUAAGGUGGAAGAAUACGAAUCACAAAAAAAGGAUGUCAAGAGCCAUUUGUUAUCUUUACUGGAAAGUAUAUUAACUGAUGAGAAUCUUUCACUUACUGAACGGAAACAACGUCUUAAGAAGUUUAAAAAAACGUAUCCUGAGAUCUACGCCCAGAAAUUCCCAUCUCCUGCUUUACAGAAGACUCGACUUAUCGACCGAAUCAGAAACUUCCAUCUUUAAUU